UUCUACCUGCUUGGCGUCGCGAUGCGACAGCUACCGUUGAAUAUGCCAACAAAGGUCGCGUCUCGCUGCUGCUACAAGACCGACGCGUGCAGCCGACUUGCGAAUGAAGUGACGUGCCCGUCUCCGAGGCGUGCCAAAGAGCGGUGGCAGUGGAGGAAUAAGAAGAGAGGAUGCGGCUGACGCCCAAGGAAUUGGAAGGCCUUCUAGUGCACCAGGCGGGGUAUCUUGCCCAGAAGCGAUUGGCGCGUGGUCUGCGGCUCAAUCACCCCGAAGCUGUGGCUCUCAUCGCUUGUCAGGUUCAAGAGAUGGCCAGAGAUGGACUUACUGUCUGUGAAGCAACGGAGAAAGGAAAAGAGCUUUUAGGCAGAAAUCAAGUCUUGCCUGGUGUGCCAGAGCUGAUUCCCGAAAUGACUGUCGAAGCGACUUUCACUGAUGGCACAAAGCUUGUGUACCUGGAGUUUCCAAUCUGUCGACGCAAUGGGGACCUGAAAAGUGCUCUGGAGGGAAGCUUUCUACCAGUUCCUGAUGUAUCUAUAUUUGAGAAAAGGAAGCCUGAUGUCCUUUCAAGGGUGGCCCCUCUGUCACUAGACCAAUUGGAUCAAGAAACAGUCCAGCUGCUGAGCAGUGUGCCUGGAAAAAUUUUGCCUUUAGAGGAGAACUCUGACAUCAUAAUUAAUGAGGGCCGAACCAUCUACUCUAUCCGUGCAGUCAACACGAGUGAUCGUCCCGUGCAGAUUGGCAGUCAUUACCCUUUCAUUGAGGCAAACAAGUACCUUGUAUUUGACAGAGAGAAAGCAUAUGGAAUGCGGCUGAACAUUCCUGCUGGCAUGUCCAUUCGCUUGGAACCUGGGGAUGCAAGGAAUGUCCCACUCGUGGAAAUCGCUGGUUCAAAAGUUGUUCGAGGUGGAAACAACCUGUGCGAUGGUGAAGUGUCCAAUAGGAACCUUCCGCUAGUUAUGGAGAGGGUUCGAGCGCGUGGCUUUGGUCACAGAAAGCAGGAGCAAGUGCACGUCUCAAAACCAUUCAAGAUGUCACGGGCCGACUACGUUGCCAGCUUUGGACCUACAGUUGGCGACAGGAUAAAACUUGGGGACACUUGCCUGGUGAUUGAAGUUGAAAAGGACUACACCCAAUAUGGCGAUGAAGUCAGGUUUGGUGGAGGAAAGGUGAUACGAGAUGGCAUGGGGCAAGCAGCUGGUCGCAACCCGGAGGAAGUCCUUGAUGUGGUCAUUACAAAUGCUAUCAUUGUCGAUGCACUUCUGGGUGUCGUGAAAGCUGACAUCGGAAUUAAGGGAAACGAGAUUGUUGGCAUCGGGAAAGCGGGAAACCCUGACAUAAUGGCGGGAGUCGACCCGAAGCUCGUCAUUGGCUGCAGCACGGAGGUCGUGGCUGGCGAGGGCCUCAUUGUGACAGCUGGUGCCAUAGACACCCAUGUGCACUACGUCUGCCCUCAGCUAGUCGAACAAGCCAUUGCCGGUGGCAUCACAACCCUGAUCGGGGGUGGCUCAGGACCAGCAGAAGGAACGCGUGCAACCACGUGCUCUCCAGGUGCUGAAUGCAUUCGAAACAUGAUGCUGAGCACAGACAACAUGCCACUGAAUUUCGGGUUCACAGGCAAAGGAAACACUUCGUACACUGAAGGUCUUGCACCGGAGCUCGUAUCUCAAGUGGAAGCUGGUGCAAUGGGGCUUAAGUUGCAUGAGGACUGGGCAGCUACUCCUGCGGCAAUUGAUGCUUGCCUUCAGGUUGCUGACUAUUAUGACAUCCAGGCCAUGAUUCACACAGAUACGCUGAACGAGUCGGGUUGCCUGGAGCAGACCGUAGAGGCAUUUGAUGGACGAACAAUCCAUGCGUACCAUGCAGAGGGCGCUGGAGGCGGCCACGCACCGGAUAUCAUCAGCAUCUGCGGGGAGCUCAAUGUCCUUCCCUCAUCGACAAAUCCUACCAGACCGUACACACGAAACACUGUUGAAGAGGCGCUUGACAUGCUCAUCAUCUGCCACCACUUGGACAGAAAUGUCAAGGAAGACUUGGCUUUCGCCGAGUCUCGGAUCAGAGUUGAAACUAUUGCAGCAGAAGAUGUCCUACAUGAUAUCGGUGCCAUCAGUAUCUAUACCUCAGAUGCACUUGCCAUGGGUAGAAUUGGUGAAGUCGUGAGCAGGGCCUGGCAGACUGCUGACAAAAUGAAAAUUUUUCGGGGUAAGCUGAGAGAGGAUUCACCGAGCAAUGACAACUUCAGGGUUCUCCGCUACCUUGCCAAGUACACCAUCAACCCUGCUCUGGCUCACGGAAUUGACUACUACGUUGGAUCUGUCACGCCAGGCAAAAUUGCUGACCUAGUGUUGUGGAAACCAUCUCUAUUCGGAGCCAAGCCUGAGAUUGUGAUGAAAGGAGGCCAGAUAAUAUCUGCUCAGAUGGGUUUGGCAAAUGGAUCCAUCCCAGUUUGCGAACCGAUUUGUCUGAGAGACAUGUAUGGUGCCCGUGGGCUCUCAGUUGGAAGAAAUUCGGCUGUUUUUGUAUCCAAGGUCUCUCUGGAAAAGGGCAUUGUUCUGGACUAUGGGAUUAAGAAGAUGCUCUUGCCUGUGUCCGGGUCAAGGAAGCUGAGAAAAUCGGACUUUGUGCACAACAACUUGACUCCAAAAUUGUCAGUGAACCCAGAGACGUACGAUGUCGAGUGGAUAAAAUGUGAAAAUGGAGAAGAAGUAAGGGAACACCUUACUGUGCCAGCAUCUGACCACAUUGCUCUCGCUCAGAAGUACUUCCUAUUUUGAUUGAACGGCUCUGAUGUGUGUACAUAUGUAGAUACAUUGCCAUCUCCGCUUCAUCUUUCACUUAAGCUGUGAGGCAUGACACUUUCACAUUGUGCUCAUGUCUAAAUCUACCAUUUAAAUUAAGUGAUGCAAUCAGAGCUGUGAUAACAAUAACAGAUGAAGAGAAAGCCUGUGCAAAAGAAAAUCUCUAACUGCAUUCAUAUUUAAUUUGUACAUUGCAUGUCAUUGCUGCAUAUACAUCACCAUGUCACCUACACAAGCAGAGCAGGGAAUUUGUGUCAAGUCUGUUCUCAAAGUGUCAUGAAAAACAUGCCAAAUUUUCAAACACAUCUUGAAAUCAGAGCCUAUGCUUCGGACUGCAUAAAUGCUGGUUUGAAUGAAAUAUUUCAACUGUGUCGACUGACCUGUAAUAUAUUCAAUAAAGCAUGUCUACCACGCUUACA